AUGGCGGCGUAUGCUGCUGUGACUUCUCUUUUGCAAAAAUGGAGGGCUGAGAUGGUUCCACUUGGGUACAUCACUGAUUCUGAAGUUGCAGAUGAAUCAGUAGCUGAAAAAGUUUAUUUUCAGGGAUUGUCCAAGAAUGGGUAUCCUGUUGUGAUAAUCAAACUUAGCAAACAUUUUCCUUCCAAGGAUCAAGUACAAUUCAAGAAAUAUGUGGUUCAUCUACUAGACAAAACAAUUGCAAGUUCGUUCAAUGGUAGAGAAAUAGGAAACGAGAAACUUAUUGGAAUUCUUGAUCUCCAGAAUAUUACCUAUAGCAAUGUUGAUGUUCGUGGAAUGAUCACUGGUUUUCAGUUUUUACAGGCAUACUACCCUGAGCGCUUAGCUACUUGUUACCUUUUACACAUGCCACAAUUCUUCGUCACCAUAUGGCGAUUUGUUUGUCGCUUCCUUGAUAAAGCAACUCAACAGAAGAUGAGGAUUGUCAUGAGUGAAGAACAGAAGCAAGAGUUUAUCCGAGAGGUCGGUGAAGACGUCGUACCAGAGGAGUAUGGAGGGCGCGCUAAACUUGUACUUUUGCAGGAUGUUGUUGUGAACUACUAACAGAAACACAAAGUAGAGGAAUAAUAGAAAUGUGAAAUAAGAUGAAAAAGAAUAGCUUCAUAAACAU